GGAACAUCUCUUGGAAAACAUGCACUUGGAUGAGAUAAAAAUGCAUAGAAUCCUGUGCAUUUUAUUUUGUGCAUUUAAAAACACGGUUCUGAGGAGUCUUCCUCCCCCUCCCCCGCUUCAGUUAACGCCAGAAUGCCUCUCUGGGUGGGAGGACAGACGGACAAGGACGUGUGUCUGACCAGAGACCCCUCUCCCCACCGUGCAAACGGACUUUAAACACAAUACGAGGUUUUAUUGUACUUUGCAAUAAGCCUGGGGAUCCCCAGUCAGCCUGCCUUCCAGAUUAAGGAUGGGGUCUCCUUCUAGAGGGAGAAGGCAGGGCUCUGGCCGGGAUAGGGGACCUCCCGCCCUGGGGCAGCCAGGCCAAAUGCCCGGCGUCGGGAGAUUGAGGGUCUAAUGGCAGGAGUACCCGGGAGGCCAGGGUCCUGGGUGCGAGGGCGUUCAUGGAGGGCAGGUGGUGGGGGAGAGGAAAGGCUCUUGAGGGCUUUGAACGACGAACAAGAGAAUUUCCAGUUGAGCUGAUGGGGAGACGGAGGACAAGACCGGGGGGUGGGCUAGAGGGUGGCGGAGUCCUAAGGACUCUAUUUCCCAACAAGCCAUGCGGGCGCCUCCGUUGGAGGCGGGGGACGCAUCAGUGCGGACGUCUCUCCCACCCUUGCGCUGGUCCCAAGUCCGGUGAACUCUGUUUCCCAGAAGGCCACACGACGUCUCUGUGGGCGGGGAGGGGAGAGGCGGAGGGGGUCAUUUCCGGUGCAGCUUCGCCUUCUCGCGCCUGCGCUCCAGGAUCCCCUCGGCCCGAAGCCUUGUCCCUGGCUGAGGGGUAGCUGGCCCGGAGAGAGUAGCGCGUGCGCAGUUCGAGAUCCGCACCACCCCUUUCACUAACGGACGCUCCCAUAGGUCGGCCCCGGAGGGAGGGGCGCAGGGGGAACCAAUCUUCGAAGAGUUGCGGUCCCGCCCCAGGCUGUCCCGGGUGAACCUCGGGUCACAGGCGCCUGGGGAGCGAGCGAGGGGGAUGAGCUAGGGGGGAAGAGCAAGGGUGACAUGGCCACUGCGCCCAGGCGGGAGGCAGUGACGUUCCAGGAUGUGGCUGUGGACUUCACCUGGGAAGAAUGGGCACGUUUGGCCCCUUCUCAGAAGGAACUGUACAAGGAUGUGAUGCUGGAGAACUACAGGAACCUGGUCUGCCUUGGUUGGAAGAAUAGGUCUGACACAGAGGAAUUGGCUCCAGACGUAGAAGCCUGGGAAUGUAAAGCCAGGUUACUGAAGCAGGAGCGCAAUGAAGAUAAACAUUCUAGACUAGACCCAAGAAAACAGAAUCGAAUCCGCUCAAAGAAGAUAUUUUCUAAAUCUAGUGAAUGUGGGAAACUCAUCAGUUAUAAUUCAGACCUUACUAAGUGUCAGAAAGUUGACAUUAUGAAGAAAACUUAUGAAUGUAAUGAAUGUGGUGAGAUCUUCCAGUGGAGUUCUCAUUUCACUAAACAUCAGCGAAUAUGUACCAGAGAGAAACCCUGUGAACAUAAUAAAUGUGAAAGGGCCUCUUGUUCAAGCAGAAGACCUUCUGAACGUCAGAGGAUUCAUAGUGGAGAGAAAUUUGAUGAAUGUCACAUAUGUGGGAAAACUUUCUGCCAGUUCACAGAACUUACUGAGCAUCAAGCAGUUCAUAGAGGAGAAAAUCCAUUUGAAUGUGUUGAAUGUGGAAAGAACUUCAGCCGGAGUUCACAACUUAUUGUGCAUCAGAGAAUUCAUGCUGGAGAGAAACUGUAUGAAUGUAAUGACUGCGGGAAGGCCUUCCAUUGGUGUUCACGGCUUAUUCAACAUCGGAGAAUUCACAGUGGAGAGAAACCUUUUGAAUGUAAUGAAUGUGGGAAGGCAUUUCGCCAGAGGAUACAACUUACUGUACAUCAGAGAAUUCAUACUGGAGAGAAACCUUAUGAAUGUAAAGAAUGUGGGAAGGCCUUCCACCGAAGCACAGGACUCACACAACAUCAGAAAAUUCAUACUGGAGAGAAACCUUAUGAAUGCAAGGAAUGUGGGAAGGCCUUCUGCCGGAGCUCACAACUCAAUCAGCAUCAGAGAAUUCAUACUGGAGAGAAACUUUAUGAAUGUAGUGAAUGUGGGAAGGCCUUCUGCCGUAGGUCACAACUUACACAACAUCAGAUAAUUCAUACUGGAGAGAAACCAUAUGAAUGUGGUGAGUGUGGGAAGGCUUUCCACCAGAGCUCACAACUUAUUCGACAUAAAGUAAUUCAUACAGGAGAGAAACCUUUUGAAUGUAAUCAAUGUGGGAAGGCCUUCCAUAGGAGCACAGGACUUACACAACAUCAAAGAAUUCAUACUGGAUGGAAACCUUUUGAGUGUAAUGAAUGUGGGAAGGCCUUCCACAGGAGCACUGGACUAAUACAACACCAGAGAAUUCAUACUGGAGAGAAACCAUAUGAAUGUAAGGUAUGUGGGAAAACCUUCCGCAGGAGCUCACAACUUACUCAGCACAAGGUAAUUCAUACUGGAGAGAAACCUUAUGAAUGUAAUGAAUGUGGGAAGACCUUCUGCUGGAGCUCACAGCUUACUCGACAUCAGAAAAUUCAUACUGGAGAGAAACUUUCUGUAUAUAGGAUGUGUGAGAAUGCCUUCCACACAGAGAAACUUCUUAAUCAACACCACAAAAUACAUACUGGAGAGAAGCCUUAUGAAGUUAAGUCCUUAUGAAUAUGAUGAAAGUGAGAAGGGUUUCAGACAGAGCAAACACUACUGAAAACUAGAUAAGUCGAACUAAAGCAAAAUCCUAUAGAUUUUUUCACUCUCCGGAAGUCCCAAGCCGCUUCCUUUGUCCUGUCUCACACUUUAUAGCAGACACUGUUGUGCACUCUUAAAUUACUGAGAAAGUUGUAGAAAUAUGGGAGGCACUUUCUGUAUUUACUCAUCACAAAUGCCCAGGAUUCUGAACUACUUCCUCCUUCCUGUUACCAUGGCAAACACAGUCUUUUCCCUCUUCUUUCCAAAGGCUGAUUCCUUUGCCUGUGCCUUGAUGCCACCACUUCCUUUUUACUCCAGGGCAUUACUUUGGCAAUCAUUCCCAUCUUUCUUUGAAUCUUAAAUCUCUCCCACUGGCUCUUUCUGAACUUUAUGUUCAGGUAUCCUGAUUUCCCAAAACCAAAAAAUCUCUAUCCAUCCAUUCACCAACCCAUCUCUUUGUUUCAUUGCCAGACCUCUUGAAAAUUCUUCUGAUUUCCAAUAAUAGUAAAUGGCAUUUACAUAGCACUUGAAAGUUUACAACAACAUUAACAUAUCUUAGUUGAGCCUCACAAAAAUCCUAUGAAGACAUGAUGGCAGGCAUUAUGAUCCUUUUUAUAGAUGGAGAAAAGGGUGACUUGGGUUUAAAUGACUUGUAUGUAGACAUUCAGUAGCAAUUGUUCCCUCAGAGGACACUGGUGACUUCUUACUUGCUAAGUAAGAUGGCCUUUGUAGUACGCCCUUGUUCCUCUAUAUAGUAUUUGAUGUAGUUCAUCGUCUUUUCCUUCCAGCUGCGCUGUGCCCUUCUGUAUUCCAAAAUGCCACACUCCUGUGGCUUAUAAUGACAACUUGAAUUUAAAUGAUGCCUUCAAGAUUUUUAGAAUGCUUUUCUCCCUGCAUCCAACAAUCCUUUGAAGGAGGCUGAACUAGUAAUAGUCAUCCCAUCUUAGAGACCAGGAAACUGAGAGGGUUACUUGCUUUUGAGACAGUAGUUAUUGAGAGUCUGAUGUGGACUUCAGAUCCAGGGGUCCUGACUUCCAGGCCUUCAAUCUUUCCACUAUAUCAUGUUGAUUUCCCUCCUUUAUCUGUACCUGCUUCUUUGAUUUCUUUGUUGAUGCAUUUUCCCACUCCCUUAAAUAGCAUGUUCCCCCACUAGUCCCUGACUAGAACCUAAGAUUUAUGCUGCCAUGAUGCAUGGCCCAACAGACUUCUUCAUUUUCCACACCCGGAAAGGGUACAGAAAAUGGGUAUACAUGUUAGCUAGGGCUCAUGGAAAAUGUAGGUAUGGGUAUCCAUGUCAGAAGCAAAGGCGAGGAACCUCUGAAAAGCCCUGACUACAUGUAGACAACUACAUACAUGCGCACAUAUAGAUGCAAACAACUACAUGCAUAUGUACAUAUAUACAUAUAUAUAUAUAUAAAUUGGAGGCAGUCUUAGAGGAAUGCAGUAGCAUCAAGGGGAAUUGGGAAAGACCUCUGACAGAAUGUGAGAUUUGAAGGAAGCCAGGGAAUCCAGGAAGUGGAGGUGAAGAAGAAAAGCAUUCCAGGCAUGGGAGACAGUCAUUGAAAAGGCACCUUCUGGUGCAAACCCUGUGGUCCAUCCAGCUCAGUCUCUUUGCUAUCCUUUAGACACAACACUCCAUUACUUUUGUACUCACUGACUAUCAACCAUGCUUGUAGUGCACUUUCCUCACAUCCACCCUAUAGAAUCCCUUCCUUUUGAGCAGACUUGGCUCAUGCACCGUAUUCUAUGUUGAGCCUUUCUUGAUUGUCCCAAUUAUUAGUGCAUUUGCUCUGAAAACUAUAUUAUGUUAAUUUGUGUUUAUUCUGAAUAAUCCUCUCUCCUCGAGGGAAAGGACUCUUUUUUUUUGUAUCCCUAGGACCUAGCACAAUGUCUGUGACAUAGAUGCUUAAUAAAUGCUUGAUUAGUAAUGAUAAUUGGCAUUACCUAGUGGCUUAAGGUUUGCAGUGUACUUUAUGAAUAUGUUCUCAAUAGAUAACUUCCAAUUAUUCCUAUUAAGGAAAUCUUACCUGAGUAAAAUCAUUGAAAUGUCAACAUAGGAGCCAAGAGAAACUAAAAAAGACAAACUCAGAGCCUAGAUGUGUCUAUUACAAUAGUCCAUACAGAUGAUAGUGAGGGCUUGGGGGGGUAGGAUGGUAGAAGUAGGCAUAGAGAAGUCAGGACAGGUGUGAGAGAGAUUAUUGGUGACUAGGUAGGGCUUGGUAACUGGUCACUCAGAGACGGGAAAGGUCAGAUCCUAGGUAUGGUGUUAUUCUGGCUUGUUUUAAGAAAGAAAAGAAAAGGAAUCCAUUAGGGGGAAAACCAGGAAGAAGGCUGAAGAAUUUAUUAUUUUUUAUAACUGGGAUAUAUCAGAAGAUGUACAUUAGGAAGUGGAAUAAAGUCCAGACAUUAAGAAAGUAAACUCUAGAAAUACAAUAAUAUGAACAUGGAACUAGGGACCAGGAUAAAGAAAGGGGAGGAGGGGGUUAUUAAGGAAGACAGUAGAAUUGAAAAUGGAAAUCACAAGCAAAGCAAGCUUAAAACUUCAAAGGGCUGAUCAGAAAGUGGGGAGAUUAAAAGGAAAAAGAAAAGUAACAUCCAGUGGUCUGGGUUGGGUGAAGAGAGUGCAGAGGAGUAAGAUCAGACAGAUUCUAGAUUAGUAUUACUCAUCUAAUUCUCCCCCUAAUUUCCCACCAAUGUCUGCCCACACAUGGUUAUUCCCUACUCUCCCUGGGAGAACAGAGGAGGUUUUAUAAUAGAAUAUGAUCAACAAGCAUUUAUUGUGUACUAUGUGCUGUGCAUGAUGCUUGUGACUGGGGGUAGAAGACAAAAAUCAAAGUCCCUUCCCUCAAGGAGGGAAAGCACUCCUAAAAAUCAUGAUCACAAACAGAAUAAACUCAACUAUAAAAUGGAGGGGAGUAAAAGAAGAGAUUAGCAGAAUUCAACAAUAUAUUUGUAAGAAACAUGCUUAAAACAUAUUGACAGGCAAAAUGAAGAGUUAAAUAGAAUUUCUCAGGUAAAUUUUGAAAAGCAGAGGUGACAAUCAUGAUUUCAAUCAAGGCAGGAGUAAAAGUAGAUAUUGUUAAAAACACACAAGCAGGGGAAAUUGCAUUAUGUUUAAAGGCAACAUAGCAUCUGAGUACUUAAAGGAAAAAUUAAUUAAACUACUUGGAGAAAUCGUAAAACAUUAGUCGUUGAGAGACUUUAAUGUGUCCAUUUCAAACCUAGAGGAACCUAACAUAAACAAAAAAUUGAGGAAUUGAGAAUUUUAGAAAAGUUUGUUAGGAUAAACUCCUGGCAAUUAUUGAAAUUUUAAGGAAUAUACAUAUGUCUUAGCUUUGUAUUAGCACCUUUAUAAAAACCUAUCAUGUAAUGGUUAUUAAAAAUAAUUACAGAAAAGCAGAAAUAAUAAAUAUCAUUAACUGACCAAGCACAAUCAAAAUCAUAAAUCAUUUGAAUAAAGGGUUCACACUUUAACAGACUAAAUGAUUAAAAUCCUAAUAAGCAAGUGGCUCAAAAAGCAAAUCAUAAGAACAAUAAGUAAAUUUAUCAAGGUUAGACAAUAUUCCAAAACUUUUGGUAUGUAGGCAAAACAUUCCUUCGGGGAGAAAUGCAUACCUCUAAACACUUUCAAUCAACAAAAAGAACAGAUUGAUGAAUUGUCCAUACAACUAAAACUAGAAAGGCAACAGAUAAAAAUAGAGAGUCUGAAAAUCAGAGGAGAUAAAAUUGAAAACAAAAAAAAAUACUGACAAAAUCAGGAGCUGAAUUUUGAAGAAAAUAAUAAAAUAAA